AUGGAGGACUUAGCAAACACAUGGAACAGACUUUCUUUGUCGGAUAGGGAGCAAAAGGGCUACGUCCUCCGAUCUGAUCAUCGCACGGGGGAAUAUUUGUUGGCUGCUAAAUUUUUAACCCCCCGCUUUCUGAUCAUGAAUGCAGUUGCUAAAACCUUCAAGCAACUCUGGAGGUCAACAAAUGGUUUUAAGAUCAGGCAUCUUGGGGAUCAUAAAGUUCUCUUUGUCUUUGACAAUCUCCCUGAUGUUCAUGAUAUACCCCUACGUUUUAUGACUAAGGAAAUGGCUAAGUGCCUAUGUGAAACAGUUGGGGAGGUCAGAAAAUCUACAGGUGCCGUUGAUGAUGAAGGAGGUCAUUUUAUGAGGGUCCAUGUUACUAUUGAUUUAACCCUACCUCUUUGUCGUGGAAGGGUGAUUACUCUUGUGGAUGGUGGCAAAUCCUGGGUGGCUUUCAAGUAUGAGAGGUUGCCAAAUUUUUGUUACUGGUGCGGGCGACUAACUCAUGAUGACAAAAAUUGCGAUCUCUGGAUCCAAAGUAAGGGUACUCUUAAAGUUGAAAAUCAACAAUUCAACUCAAGUUUGAGGGUAGCACUGUAUACAACAGCGGGUAAAGAUGUUAUUUUCGUGCCUGGGUAUUAUGAAGAUCGGGUAAAGAGAGUUCAACAGUCUCCUGUUGUCCCUGUGGUUAGUUCGGCGGAGAUGGUGAUGGAGGAAACUCCGGCGAUGGAAUCUCAGCCAAUUUUGGAAACCGAAAAAUCUGGGGGUGAAAUAAAUUUGGAAUCUCCUAGUUUUCCGAACCCCAGUAAAUGCAAUGAUUUAUUCUCGGCUGUCCUCCACAAUAUUGACAAGGGAUUAUCAAAGUUUGAUUCCUCAAAUCUCGAGUUGGGAGGAAAUUCAAAAUCUGAAGCUACAAAAAGUCCACCCCCAUCUGAUCUUUCUAGCCUCAAGGAGUGUGUUACUAAGUUACCCACAUCCCAGUCACGUGACUCUUUUAUUCCUCAUAUGCCUCCUGUUUUGAUGAGUACGGCACUAACAGAUGUCCCUAUUUCGAUCUCUACUGAGGUUCCAGCACUUAAAAAGAGUACUUGGAAAAGGUUAGUUCAAGCUGACCCACGGGUGAAAUCCAACUGGGAUAAGCCUAUCCAACCAAAACGUUCCUUUAAUUCUCUGGAUGUUCCUAAUGAAUUACCAUGCAAGCGUCGUCUGGUUUCUCAUCAAGAAGAGGUUCACUGUGAUAUAUUGGCAAAGAAACACGUUGUAUCAAAAAUCAACCAGGGUGGCGGUUUGGUUCUCAUGUGGAAAUCGGAUUUUGAUAUCUCUGUCACUUCUUCCUCUCUUAAUCACAUAGACGUUGUGAUCAAUGCUGGUAAGACAAACUCUUGGCGCUUUACAGGAUUUUAUGGUUAUCCGGAAACUCAGAGACAUCAUGAAUCCUGGACUAAACUGAAACAUCUCAACCUCUGCUCUUCUUUGCCAUGGCUGUGCGCGGGAGAUUUCAAUGAGAUUGCUAAGUCUCAUGAGAAGUUGGGUGGUCAUGCUAGGCCAGAGAAUCAGAUGAAAGAGUUUCGUGAUACUCUAGAUGAAUGUAGUUUCACUGACUUGGGUUAUGAGGGGCCAAAGUUCAUGUGGUUUAAGCGUCUGUCUGGGGGUAUCACAGUGUGGGAGCAUUUGGAUAGGGCUGUUGCAAAUCCAGAGUGGCUCACUCUCUUCCCAGGCUCAUCAGUCCAGCACCUAGAUUCCGUAUUCUCUGACCAUAAACCGAUCAUUAUUCACCCUAAUGGCAUUCAAGCUCGUUCCUGGAGACCAUGGAGAUUUGAACAGGUUUGGUUAAAGGAUGAGAUGUGUCAUUCUACAGUGGAAUCUGCUUGGUCCCCAGCUAUCUUCUCCCCUUUUCCGAUGUCAGUGAUAGAAGGAAAUCUGGUACAAUGUCAAUCUAAGUUACGUCUGUGGAGUAAGACGUCUUUUGGGAACAUCAAUCUAGCUCUUAUCGAAAAGAAAAAUCUAGUGAAGAAGGUUGAAGAGGAGGCUGAAAGGGACCAAAACACAAGGUAUUUCCAUGGUAAGACCUCUCAACGCUUUAGGCGUAAUUCUGUAAAACGGCUCGGGGAUUCAAAUGGAGUUUGGUGCAACGGUGAUGAGAAAGUGGCAGGUCUCUUCAUUGAUUACUUCAAUGAUCUUUUUACUUCCUCAAACCCGAGUCAUAUUGGUGAAGUUCUUGAAUCAGUAUCUUGGGUUAUCACUGAGCAAAUGAAUUCAGAUUUGUUGAGGGUCUUCACCAGGCAAGAAGUUGACAUGGCUCUUAAACAAAUGGCCCCCUUGAAGGCCCCGGGCCCCGAUGGCAUGCCACCCAUUUUUUAUCAACAUUAUUGGAGUUCCAUUGGUAAGGAUGUCUCCUGUGCAGUGUUAUCUUGUUUAAAUUCAGGUACUAUCCCAGCUAGCUUAAAUCAUACUUACAUUACUCUUGUGCCUAAAUCUAAAUGUCCGGAAUUAGUUACGGAAUUUAGACCUAUUUCUCUCUGUAACAUCCUCUAUAAAUUAAUAUCCAAAGUAUUAGCUAACCAAUUAAGAAGUUUGUUGCCUCUUGUUGUAUCUGAAACUCAGAGUGCUUUCCAAUCGGAUAAAGCUAUUUCGGAUAAUAUCCUAGUUGCUUUCGAAACUCUUCAUCAUAUGAAGACGAAGAAGUAUGGUAGAGGAGGUUUCAUGGCUAUGAAGUUGGAUAUGAGUAAGGCUUACGAUAGGGUGGAAUUGACCUUCCUCGAGAGCAUUAUGUUGAAAAUGGGCUUUCAUGAGAAAUGGGUGGGAAUGGUGAUGGCCACAGUGAAAACUGUUUCCUAUUCUAUCUUGGUAAAUGGCGAACCUCGUGGGAAUAUCCAACCAACUAGAGGGAUUAGACAAGGAGAUCCUUUAUCCCCCUAUUUAUUCUUGCUUUGUUCUGAAGGGCUCAAUGGUUUACUCAAAAAAGCUAUUAAUGGUGGUAAUAUUCGAGGAUUCUCUUUAUGUAAGUAUGGUCCACAAAUCUCUCAUCUUUUCUUUGCGGAUGAUAGCUUGAUUUUUUGUCGAGCUAAAUUGGGUGACGUGCAAGCGGUCCAAAAUGCCCUAGCUUUGUAUGAAUUGGCUUCUGGACAAAAGGUCAAUAGCCAAAAGACCAACUUGUUCUUUGGGAAAUCAGUCUCGAAUGCAACUAAAAACACUUUGAAAGAUUUUUUGGGAGUUCCGGAAAUAAAGGAGUAUGAGAGUUAUUUAGGACUUCUAGCAGUUGUGGGGAGGAAAAAAAAAGAGAGCCUGGUUUAUAUAAAGGAAAGGAUUUGGGGUAAACUUCAAGGGUGGAAGGAGAAACUUUUGUCUCAAUCCAAGAGAGAGGUCCUUUUGAAAGCAGUUGUCCAAGCCAUCCCAACCUUUGCUAUGGGUUGUUUUAAGUUGCCAUUAAGCCUCUACCACGAUAUUGAGGUUAUGAUAAAAAAUUUCUUUUGGGGGCAGCAAGGUGAAAGGCGGACGAUCCAUUGGAAGAAGUGGGAAACUCUUUGUCUAUCCAAGGAAGAAGGUGGGUUAAAUUUUAAAGAUUUGAGCAAAUUCAAUGAAGCCAUGUUAGCAAAGCAGGUUUGGCAUUUGAUUCAUGACAAGGAAUCCCUUUUUUAUCGGGUUUUCAAGGCGAAAUUUUUCCCUUCGGGUGACAUCUUUUCAGCCCAAUUAAAAUCUGGAUCCUAUGCAUGGCGUAGCAUUCUUGGUGCUAGGAAGUUAGUGGCUGCUGGGGCUAGGUGGAGAAUCGGUAAUGGUCUAACAACCCGAGUAUAUUCUGAUUGCUGGCUUCCAGGUGGUGGUUCGGGUAGGAUCACUUCCCCUUUGUCAGAGAUUCCAGCAGAUGCAAUAGUUGCUGAUCUUUUGGAGGUUGAGUCGAGUUGGUGGAAUGGCGUGUUGAUUGACAGAAACUUCCUGCCUUUUGAAGCUCAAAAGAUAAAAUCCAUCCCAGUUUGUAUCACCCCUCAGGAAGAUAUUUUAAUUUGGCCAAAAACAAGGGAUGGGAAUUACUCUGUUAAAUCGGGUUACAAGCUUCUUCAAGAACUGGAAAUCAGUGAGCUGGCUUCUUCGUCGGAUUCUGGGGAAAAUAAAAAAUUUUGGUUUGGUUUGUGGAAAAUGAAGGUUCCAAAUAAGUUGAAAACUUUUGCUUGGAGAGCUUGCACUAACUCUCUUCCUACGUUGGAUAAUUUAGUGAAGAGAAAGAUUGUCUCAUCACUUAUAUGCCCCAGGUGUGCAAUGCAGAAUUCCCAUGGAGUAGAUUUGUUCAUCACGCACUGUUGGUUCUUGUGGAAUCAACGGAACAAAAGCAGAGUUGAGGAGGCAGUAACGCCACUGGAAAAACUGUCGGACCUGGCCCAACAAUAUCUCCAGGAAUUCCAGCAAUCCCGUAGCAAACCUGUCGUCAAGCAACCUCCAAAACAGAAUAUCUGGAAACCACCAGACCCGAGUACUUUGAAGACAAACUUUGACGGUGCUAUUUUUGAAGAAUUGGACGCAGCAGGUGUUGGUGUCGUUUUUCGUAAUUCCUCGGGAGAACUACUAGUAGCCCUAUCUAAGAUCAUUCCUCUGCCAUUAUCUAUUCUUGCUCUGGAAACAAUUGCAGCGCGAAGAGCAGUCACCUUCCUGCACAAGCUCAGUUUGGGCAGCUCUAUUUUUGAAGGGGAUUCUGAAACUUCUAUACUGGCAAUUAAAAAUCAGUGUUUUCAUCAUCUUGUAGUGGGUCAUUUGGUCAGGGACAUUAUUUCUUCAGCUAGUUCUUUACAGUAUUUUUCUUUCGCUCACACUCGUAGGCAAGGUAAUGGUUUGGCUCAUGCCUUAGCUCGUAGAGCAAGAUUGUCUUUUCCUGUUUCUAUCUGGAAGGAGUCUGUUCCUCCAGAUAUCCUUAAGCAUUUUCUUUCUGACUUAUUAGCAAUAAAAUAG